AUGCUUCCCUUCACUGGAAGACUCACACUUGUCUUCUCACCCCCAGGACCGGAGCUGUGGCACGAGAGCUUCCCCAUUGCCAAAGGAGAGCGCCAGUCCCCUGUUGACAUUGAUACUAAAGUCGUCAAGUAUGACCCUGCCCUGAAGCCUCUGUCAGUUUCCUAUGAGCAGGCGACUUCUCGGAAGAUCUUGAACAAUGGUCACUCUUUCAACGUAGAGUUUGAUGACUCCCAGGACAAAGCAGUACUGAGAGGAGGACCUCUCGAGGGCACGUACAGGUUGAUACAGUUCCACUUUCACUGGGGCUCCUCUGAUGCACAAGGUUCAGAGCACACUGUGGAUAAAAAGAAAUACCCCGCAGAGCUUCAUUUGGUUCACUGGAACACUAAAUAUGGGGAAUUUGGAAAAGCUGUGCAGCAAGCUGAUGGACUGGCUGUUUUGGGUGUAUUUUUGAAGAUUGGCAGUGCUAAACCAGGCCUUCAGAAAGUUGUUGAUAUGCUGGAUUCCAUUAAAAUAAAGGGUCAGAGUGCCGAAUUCACUAACUUUGAUCCUCAUGGCCUCCUUCCUGAAAGCUUAGACUACUGGACCUAUCCAGGCUCACUGACCACCCCUCCACUUCUGGAAUGUGUAACCUGGAUUGUGUUAAAGGAGCCUAUCAGUGUCAGCAGUGAGCAGAUGCUGAAAUUCCGUAACCUUAACUUCAGUGGGGACGGUGAACCUGAAGAACUGAUGGUGGACAACUGGCGUCCAGCUCAGCCACUGAGAAACAGGCAAAUCAAAGCUUCCUUCAAAUAA